AUGCCUUUCAGGAGUCUGCGACCUGAGGAGCGUGGCAACGCGUCGGCGACGUCUUUGUCGGCUGCAGCGCGUGAUUUCUACAGCGAGAAGCAGUCCAAUGUCUACACCACCGCUGCAAACGCCAGCAUUCAAUCAGACCUGACGCGACACGCUCUGGAGCUACUGACGUUAAGAUUGACACAUUCCGGAAAAGACAACGAUGUCCUGUUCCUCUUGGACUUGGGUGCUGGCUCCGGAUUGAGUACGCAAGCAGCUCUAGACUGGUUCAAGGAGAGGAAUACAGCUGCGCUUACGCUAGCGUUCGACAUCAUAAGCGCCGACUUUUACUGUGGCAACGCAGCACAGAAACUCCCGAUUCGAGAUGGUACACUGGAUGCGGCAAUUGGGAUCUCAAUGCUGCAGUGGCUGCAGCCCAAAGGACUGGAAGUCUGCCUCUCUUCGCUGUUGACACAGCUUUCCAGUGAUCGAGACUCUCGAGCAGUUUUCCAGGUCUACCCUUCCGGUUUGGCGUACGUGGACGUGAUGGAGAAGACUGCGUUACGAGUGGGUUUUGAUCGUGCAGAGACAUUUGUAUCGUUCCCACACACGACAACGGCAAAGAAGUGGUUCUUCUGUGUGGAAAAACGGAAGAAUACUCACGAGGAUAACCACAACGAGGAGCAGGAAUUGUGUCUAUUUGCCAGACGAUACGAGAGACGCUGCGUGCUGCAAUGGCUGGGAAACGAGAACGACUGUGCGCAGGAGAUACGAGAGCGAGUGGAGAAGGAACACGUCAAGACGGCAUGGCACAUUUGGCGGAAGUAUCGGCGCUCUGUUGUGGAUGUGGACACGGAAACUACACCAGCCAAGAAGCCGAAAGUGAUGCACGCCAAAGCACAGCAGUCCUUGGAACUGUAUCCAAGCGACACAGUCAUCGGACGUGCAUUGCAAGAGCAAUUUGAAGAAAAAGCUGGGGAGAUCACACUUGCUUUUCUGCUGGAGCAUUCGUCGCAAGUUGUCGAUACCUUACACACAGCGUACACUGAGGCUAGAAAGAUAGAACUUGUUGCGUAA